AUGGCCGAACCGACUUCACCGCUGCUUCGCCUUCCGUUUGAGAUCCGCCUAAUGAUAUACGAAGCGCUACUGUUUCCGUCCAAAACGCCCUCAUCCUCACACUCCACUUCAGUCGCCAACCUCCUCCCGGACUUCCAUACCUACCACUCCAACGACACCAACGACACGCCAUUCACUCUCGCCGUCCGAACCAUCGACCCAUAUGCCGGCGUACAGAGCUCUCGCGGCUGGAGACAUCGCUCCACAUACCACGUCCGCACUGUGCCGUCUCUCUUAUCCCUGAACCACCAGAUCCACACCGAGGCCGCAAAAGUGCUUUAUUCAAACUACACGUUCAGCUUCCACACCAGCAUCGAAGCAGCCGUGCCUUUCUUCUCCGAUCUGACGCCGCUAUCUAGAGGUUAUGUGAGGCACAUUUCGCUCACCAAGAAAGGCCUCCCCUACACCAAGGAAUUCGACCGCCUCGAAUGGGCGGCGCUUUGCACUUACCUCUCCCGAAACCUCUGCCUGUCCGGACUGAGCCUAUCCAUCGUCGCAGGAAAGCCUGGCGAGCAUGGUUGGGACGGUGUAGCGCCUAUUUCGAAAGAGGCACUUGCGUUGAUGCAAAGGAUGAAGAAGGAUUGGGGGAGUAGUGUGGGCGGCGCGGACUUGACGUGGGUAGAGCAGCUGUUUGAGGUCAAGGGUUUGAGGGAGGUGAAGGUUGAGGCUUUGGUUGAGCAUUGUCCUGGGGCAAUUGACGAAGAAGAAGGGGACAUCGAAGCCGACAUUCGCAUCAGUACGUUGUGGUCGAUCCACGUCUAA